CCUACGACUGACAUAGCUUCUUCCCCCCUCAUCACCAUGACCGUCUUCUCCCUAAUCAUCAUCAACAAAGCCGGAGGUCUAAUCUACCAGCGCGAAUUCCAACCGGGCCUCCGCAAGCUCUCGACAAACGACUACCUCGUUCUCGCCGGAACCUUUCACGGCGUCCACGCCAUCACCCGCACCAUCACCCCGAAACUCCCCCUCCUCACCCCAACCGCAAUAGCCUCCACCCCGACCAGCGCGUCCUCCAACCUCGCCUCCCCCUCAGGCACCUCCACCCCGAUUCCGCCCACGACGACGACGACGACAAUAGCGGCAGCAACAACGCCAUCCGUCUCCGCGUCCUCAUACACAUACCCGAUCCUCGGCGUGCCCGCGACGGGGCUAGAGUCCCUCGAGACGGACAAGUUCCGGCUGACGUGCUUCCAGACGCUGACGGGCACCAAGUUCCUCCUCUUCACGGACCCGCACAUGGCCAACAUCGAGGUGGUGAUGAAGAAGAUCUACGAUUUCUACGCCGACUUCGUCAUGAAGAACCCGUUCUACCAGUUGGAGAUGCCGGUCCGGUGCGAGGCGUUUGAUCGGAAUCUGAAUGGGUGGUUGCGCGGGCGGACGUGAGGA